AUGUCUAUCGUGAUAGGCCAUAUUCACUUUGCAUUUGCUCAAAUGGCCACGGGAGCCGAAAGCUCUUACAAAGAGGUUGAAUCACGUACCUUUGCGGAUUUUUUCAAAGCUGCUCAACUGGCAAACGCGCUUAAUGAUAUUGUAGCCUCGCAGCCCUAUUUCAUUAAUCUUCGUCCUUCUCUGAAUUUACCAGAAUGUCGCGUCUACUUUGCUAGCCUCUUAUCUUCCAAUGCAAACAUGAAUAUUUAUUAUGCCGAUGUCGACAUGUCUGAAACCGCUUGUAUUCAAGACAAUUUGGUUCUUCAGCCACUUCUUCAAAAUGAUGCUUUUCGCAGUGUAGCACUCCGCUCGAAGGUUCCGUUGGCCGAAAGCCUCCUACGCGAGCGCAUGCGAAGCAGUCAGUUUAGCACCUCGGACAUAAAGCUGAAUCCACGCUCAGGCACUUUUCUCACCUCCUUCUCUGGAAAAAUCGUCCAAUUUACUGAUCACAACUGGCCGCGGUCCUCUCCUUUCAUCGAAACCUCCCUGAACGUACUAUCGGCUGGCGAGUCGGCAAUGCAGCCGAUCUCCUGCCCCAGCAACCCAAACCUCAUUGCCUAUGUGGACGGGUCGAACAUUGGGAUUACGAAUGCCCUCACCUCGACGUACACCUUCAUCACCAACAUCACGGAUCCCAAGAUUUCUGCGGGUAGGUCCUCCUUCGUCGUACAGGAGGAGUUUUAUCGUUACAUCGGUCUUUGGUGGCGUCCUGUUUUGGAUUCUAGCGGCACCUAUUGUUUGAUCUAUGAGGAGAUUGAUGAGCGUGACGUCGAAGUGAUCACCUUGCCCAACUUCACCGCUUGGAACGAGCAGGUUGAGCAUCACGCCUACCCCAAACCAGGCAGGAAAAAUGCCACUUCAACACUGAAGAUGGUCACAUUCAUGCUGGACGCGGAGCGUUACGAGAUAACCGAUAUCAAGAUUCGAGAGUGGGCCACACCUCUCUUCCAAAUGCUCCCCGAGUACGAGUAUCUCGUGCGAUGUGAUUGGACAGAGAAUGGGGAAUAUUUUUGGAUGGUGUUGUCGAAUCGUUUGCAAUCGAAGAUGAGCCUUUUCCUCAUUUCCCCGCGGUCCUUCUACACCGGAGAGUGGACUCCGUUUGUUCGUUUGUACGAUGAAGAGGAUCCUGUCUCCUGGGUUGAGGCACACGACUGUUUGCGAUUUUUGGAAGCCAAUUCCAACAUCGUUCGGUAUAUUUGGCUCAGUCAACGCACGGGCUAUGCCCACCUCUACGAGCAUGUUAGAAACCUCACUCUAUUUCCCCAAUCACCGUCAUCAAAAAUAAUCAUAUCUACACCCGGUACACGAUAUUUUGCGCCUGCUGAGGCUGUUAAAGCACGUCAACUGACCGAGGGCGAUUGGGAUGUGCUAAGUGAUCAUAUUUUCGUGGAUGAUGUGAACAAUUUACUAUUGUUUGAGGCUCUGCGUGAACAUCCCUUGUGGGCAAAUGUUUACGCGGUUAACUAUGGCCUGGCGGAGCCUCGCGUCCAUCGCUUAACCCUUGAGUGUGAUUGGCUAGCUUUAUCGGCUGUCACCAACACCCAACUAGCCGAGGUGGAGUUUCGUCUUUCCUUCUCCCUCCUCACCUUUGACGCGGCUUCCGGUCUUUGCGUGGUGGAGGCCUCCAGCCCAAGGCUGUUGCCCGGUCAAGUUCUCUUUCGAUUGCACAUCGAUGCGAAUGGAAUACCGCGGUUGAAGGCCCUGGCUGUGUUGAAAAAAUUGGCUCCAGUUGACACCGUUCUAUCGACUGUUUUGAGUCCUCCCUGUGGUCCUCGAGUCCUCUCGCUCACGUUCAAAGACAUCGCCACCUCAAGAACAGCCCUCACCUUCCAUGGAAUGCUCUUCACGCCGCCACCGGAGACACGACCUCCGCGAGGAUUUCCCACUCUGCAUCUUGUCUACGGUGGACCCGGUGUCCAGCUUGUUCGUGGCGUCUGUCUCCGAAAUCUGAUGCUGAGGGCACAAAUCUACUGCCAUUUCGGCUACGCACUGCUCCUCUGUGAUUGUCGCGGUUCUGCAAAUCGAGGAAGUCAAUUUGCCGGACACAUUAAAUACCAAAUGGGAACCGUGGAACUGCCUGAUCAUGUAAUGUUCCUACGCGAAGCCGCGAAUCAAACGGGCCUGAUUGACCUUAGCCGCGUGGCGAUCUAUGGGAGCUCUUACGGUGGGUAUCUGGCGCUUAUGGCCGCGGCAAAACACCGCGACGCCUACAGAGCCUCGAUAGCCGUCUGUCCGGUUGUAAGUUGGCAGCAUUAUGACACAGCCUACACGGAGCGAUACCUCGGCCUCCCCUCGGACCACGAAGAUGCCUACGUAAAUGGUGACGUGUUGACCUAUGCCAGCUACUUUCCGGACGAGUCACCAUACCUGCUGAUCGCACAUGGUGGACAGGAUGAGAAUGUCCACUUUGCGCACACAGCCAGUCUUCUGCAGCGUCUGAAUGCCCUCGGCAAACCCUACCACCUCUCCUUUUAUCCAGACUCGCGGCACAGGAUCCGCGAUGGUGACCACUUGAUUGCAACGAUCCUCAGCUUUCUCGACCAAACCCUUCAAAUGCCUCCUUGA